AUGAAGCUAGAUCCUGAUGUCAAACCGGUUAUUAGACCACCAAGACGAAUCCCUGUGGCGAUGCAAAAUAAGGUCAAAACGGAGUUGGAAAGGAUGGUAAAGAUUGGCGUAUCCUCUUUCGUAGCGGUGAAGAAGAAAGGAAAAGAUGAAAUCAGAUUAUGCAUCGAUCCAAAAGAUCUUAAUCUGGCCAUUCAACGGCAACAUUAUCCAAUGAGAACGAUUGAGGAGGUAGCGGCACGAAUGCCAAAUGCAAAGUUCUUCACAGUUCUAGAUGCUUCCAGUGGCUUUUGGCAGAUUCCCCUGGAUUACGAAUCAUCGCUGAAGACAACGUUCAAUACACCAUAUGGUAGAUAUCGCUUUUGUCGUAUGCCCUUUGGAAUAAAGUCUGCGUCAGAAGUAUUCCAGAAAGCGAUGGAUCAUUUAUUAGAAGGCUAUCCAUGUGAGGUCAUCGUGGAUGAUAUCCUAGUUUGGGGAACAACUGAAGCGGAGCACGACGAAAGUCUCAUUAAAGUCCUUGAUAGAAUUCGAGAAAUCAACUUGAAGCUCAAAUGGGACAAAUGUAAAUUCAAAGUGAAAGAAGUUGGAUAUGUUGGUCACCUCUUAACUGGAGAAGGAUUAAAACCAGAUCCAGAAAAAAUUCGUGCAAUCGUAGAGAUGAAGACGCCUGAAAAUGUGAAAGAUUUACAGCGAUUUCUUGGCAUGGUGCGUUAUCUUUCGAAGUUUGUUCCACGUUUGAGUGAACUUGCUCUACCGCUACAAAUCCUAACGCAUGUAGAUACACCUUGGGCUUGGGAUGGUGUCCAUCAGAGAGCCUUUGACAACCUCAAAAGUGCGAUUAGUUCUGCACCAGCCUUACCGUUCUAUGAUGUGAGCAAGCCAGUCACACUAACGUGCGAUGCAUCGUUUGGCGGUCUUGGAGCUGCGUGUUUGCAGGAUGGUCUACCGGUAGCAUAUGCUUCGCGAUCAUUGACCAAAACAGAACAGAACUAUGCUCAAAUUGAGAAAGAGCUUUUGGCCGUAACAUUUGCAUGCAACAAGUUCCAUGACUACAUUAUGGGAAAGAAUGUGACGGUUGAAUCUGAUCAUAAACCGUUGGAGAUAAUUAUGAAGAAGCCUUUGUUGACGGCACCAAUGCGGUUACAACGAAUGAUGCUACAAUUGCAGCGAUAUGAUUUAUCAUUGGUUUAUAAGAAAGGAUCUCAGUUGCACAUAGCAGAUAUGCUAUCUCGUGCGCAGCUAAGUCAAACUUCGCCUGCAGAUAGUUAUGAAGACUAUGAAGUAUUGACAGUGCAACCAGUUGGAUCACAUAAAAUGGCUGAGUUACAGCGAGAAACAGCUUUGGAUCCUACAUUGACGACUCUGGCAACAGUAAUACUUCAUGGUUGGCCAGAAAAUAUGAAUGAUGUUUCAAAAGACUUGAAACCAUAUUUCAACGUCAGAGAUCAAUUAGCUACGAGAGAUGGUGUUAUCUAUAAAGGUGAAAAGGUCGUGGUACCGAAGUCACUUCAAUCUGAUUAUUUACAGCGUGUCCAUUUGGGUCAUGCAGGUAUCGAAUCAACCAAAAGAAGAGCUCGAGAUAUCCUGUACUGGCCUGGAAUGAGCGAAGAUAUUGAAAGGCUCGUCCGUGCCUGUUCUGUGUGUAAUAGUUGCAAAUCACAUCAACAACGCGAGCCUCUUAAAAUGCAUGAUGUUCCGGAAAGACCAUGGUCUCGUGUGGCUACAGAUUUGUUUUAUUGGAAUGGGAAAGAUUAUGCAAUGGUCACAGAUUCUUUUUCCGGUUGGAUUGAAAUAACUAAGUUGAGCAACAUCUCUUCAAGAGCGGUGAUUGAAAACUUAAAAGAAGUUUUUUCAAGAUUUAGAAUUCCAGAUGUGCUUUAUUCGGAUAAUGGUCCACAAUAUUCCAGUGAAGAAUUCGAAAUGUUUUCUCGUGAAUGGGGUUUUGGUCACGUAACAAGUAGUCCAUACUAUCCACAAAGUAAUGGUCUAGCGGAAAGGGCAGUACGUAGUGCUAAAGAGUUGCUGGAGAAAUGCAAAAGAGAUGGAACGGAUAUAAGCUUAGCUUUAUUAAAUCAGAGAAACACCCCACGAGAUGACAUUCUUGGAUCACCUGCGCAAAGAUUAAUGUCGAGACGAUUGAAAUCUGCGCUUCCAUGUUCUGACAACUUGCUGAAACGCCAGCAGUUUAAUGACUUGAUAGUUAAAGAUCGUUUGAGUCAAAGAAGGCAGCAACAAAAGAAAUUUUAUGAUAAACAGACAAAGUUUCUACCAGCGUUGGAAAGUGGGGAUGUAGUGCGAAUGCAAACACCAAAAGGUUAUGAUCAGCUUGGUUUUGUUGUGCGUCCUGCAGAAGAACCAAGAUCAUUCGUGGUCAAAUCACAGGGCUAA